AGGGGUCGAGCUGAAGAGGGGGUUCUCUUAUGAUAUAAUUAUGCUUCCGGGAAGAAAACGUGUAUAAAUAUGACAACGAGGUCCUGAUUCAAAGGAAGCUGCAAGUAAGAAAGUUAAACUUGACUACCAUAACUUGAGCUAUCAAUUGACUUUAUUGUUAUUGAGGCAACUCACAUACCAACAAACCUCUAUAUCAACAUUCACCUCAUCGCCAUCACAACAUCAAACCUACAACCCAAUUCUUCAAUAUAAUACCAUCGUUCACAAUGGAUCGCCAACCAACAGCAAUCUCGACAUCCCACACAACCCCUCCCUCAGAAGCUCCAACUUCUCCAUCCGCCCAAGCCGGCGCCGACCGAUGCAUGCGCCACACGAAUAGCUGGACGCCCUCGAUCCAGCGACGACAGAGCUGGAGUCCAGAGGAGCAGAAGCAUGAGAUGCAUAUGAACAAGAUUGGGCAGGUCGCUACAGGUCCUGGAUUUACAGAGCGAGAGGGCUCUUAGAUCAAUAAUGACAAAAUAAGGACAAAAGGGAAAUUGUAAUUGUACGGAACGAUUAAUGGAAUGGGCAUGGAAAACACAAGGAUGCAAAAAGGUCACGGACAUUGUACACUACAGAUUGGCUACCAAGAGGAACAGCCCAAGAAUGAACACGAUUGCUUAAUAACUUAUAAUAAACGAAUGUCAUUGUAA